CCCUGGCCAGUAAAUGUGUUGAUAGAGGAAAUCCGCCGUAGUGUGUCGAUAAGGGGGACUUUUAUUCGCUCCUUUUGGCUGCCGAUUGGCUGGUUUUGGUUGGUUAGGGUGGAGGAGCUGAGUGCGCCAAGGUGUGCGUAAAAGGAGGACCUUUGAGCUCCGCUGCGUUUCAGCCAGGUGGCACCCACACACACACACACACACUGACCUCACCGCUCAGUAUCACUCCUCCUGACUCGUCUCUGGAGCUGAAUGGGAUGUAAGAGGACUCGAUUACACUCCUUGGUCUCAUCUUCAAAACAGAUUCAAGCUGAUUCAAGACAUGAGUGGUGUUUGGGCAGAGGAGGACGGCAUAACUCAAGAGGAGGUGCAACCUUCUCCUCUCUGGUCAGAGGAGCGCUGUGAGGAGCUUUGGGAUCGCGUGGAAGGGGUACGGCACAAGCUCACGCGCAUCCUCAACCCGGCUAAACUCACCCCGUAUCUGCGCCAGUGCAAGGUCAUCGACGAACAGGAUGAAGACGAGGUGCUCAACUCCACACAGUACCCACUGCGCAUCAGCAAGGCCGGCCGUUUGCUGGACAUUCUGCACGGUCAAGGCCAGAGAGGUCUUCAAGCCUUCAUGGAAUCACUGGAGUUUUACCAUCCAGACCAGUACACACAGCUGACCGGACAAGAGCCCACGCAGCGAUGCUCCCUGAUACUGGAUGAGGAGGGUCCAGAGGGUUUGACCCAGUUUCUGCUUCUGGAGGUGCGUAAACUGAGGGAGCAGCUUCGAAACAGCCGGAUGUGUGAGCGCCGCCUGUCUCAGCGCUGCCGGAUGGCGGAAGACGAACGCAGCCGCGCCGAACGCAAAGCUCAGGACUUACGGCAAGAUAGGCUGCAACAAGAGAGGCUGCGUCAAGACUUGGAGUCGGCCACUCGAGAGCUGGGCAAGCUGAAGGACAGGCACCUGGAGCAGGCAGUGAAGUACUCCAGGGCCCUGGAGGAACAAGGCAAGGCCUCCAACCGCGAGAGAGAGCUGCUCAGCCAGGUAGAGGAGCUAAGGUCCAGGUUGAUGGAGGCAGAGAAAUUCAAUACUUCAGGAAAUACUACAUCAGUGAAAAGAAACAGUUUGAUCUCUAAUGGAGCAAAUGGAUGUCCACCUGCUUUACCAGAAAAGCUGUCGCACUACACUGAGGUCAAGAAAGAGAAUAAAGGAACUCAGAUGACGGACUCAGCUCCUGCCUCUGGAGUCAUAGCUCUGAUGGAUAUCCUGCAGCAGGACCGCAGGGAGUCUGCAGAGCAGAGGCAGGAGCUCUGUGACAUUAUUACCAAACUACAAGGGGAGGUACAGAGCACCGAGGAGCAAAGGGACAAGCUAGAGUCACAGUGUGAGCAGCUACGGCUGAAGGUGAGAACUCUCCAGCUGGACUGGGAGACUGAGCAGAAGAGAGGUGUGUCCUAUUUCAACCAGAUCAUGGAAGUGGAAAAGGAGAGAGACCAGGCUCUACAAAGUCGAGACAGCCUGCAGUUGGAGUACACUGACUGUCUGCUGGAUAAGAACCGUCUGCGUAAGCGCAUUGCAGAGCUGCAGGCCAACCUGGAGCAGCAGCAGAGGGAGCUGGAGAGAGAGAGGGAUAGGAGCCGAGAGCAAAUGGAGCAGAGCAGCCCCUGUCUGCACUGCUCUCACCUGUCCCUGUGCAGUGAGGACCAAUGCUACGGCCCCUGCUGUUCCCUCGGCCUGGACGUGAGACCCCAAGCCAAUAGCACCCGUCCGCUGCUGCGAAAGACGCCCUCUGGAGGCCAAACCAAUGACAACUCAGGGGACUCCCGUUCCAACUCGGAGGAGAAUCUCCUUUUGUCAACAGAAGACAAUGAGAAAGAAAUAAAUCGGCUCUCCACAUUCCCCUUUCCUCCAUGUAUGAACUCUAUCAACCGACGACACAACACAGAGUUUGACUUGGAGUCCUGGGGCAGUGAUGAGAAUGAUAACAUCACAGGUGAGCAGGGUGAACCUUCUCUGUGGGAUUCCUGUAACUCCUUAAACUCUCAUCUCUUCCCCCCUGACCUGAUCAACCUGCCUGCUGUCUCUUCAAACCAACUCAGUCCCAGUGUUCCCAGGAGACCUCUCCGCUCCCCGUCUUCAAGCCCUCCCAUUUCACCAAAGCAGAGCAGAGCCAGUCUAGCUGAUGAUAUUACGAUAGUUGGAGGAAACCGAACAGGGAUCUUUGUCAGCCAUGUGAAACCUGGUUCACCAGCAGAACAAUGUGGACUGAAGGAAGGCAGUGAGCUGCUGGAGCUGGAGCGGGUUCUGUUUGGUGGAGGCAGUGUGUCGCUGGCCCAGUGCACUGCUGAGGUUGCCCACUUUUCUCUGCAAUGGUGGACAGAGCCUUCAACGCUCAAACACCAGAGCAACCCAGAGGCAUACUCCAAGCUGUGCACCGAGCUGUCAGUGCCUGCUUUUAUGGGUGCUGACUCCUUCUAUGUGCGAGUCAAUCUCAACAUGGAGCCUCACGGUGACCCACUGUCUCUGAGCGUGUCCUGUGAUGAUAUUAUACAUGUUACAGACACAAGGUACAAUGGAAAAUACCAAUGGCGCUGUUCUUUGGUGGACCCACGCACAGCUAAGCCCCUGCAGGCAGGAACCAUGCCCAACUACAACAGGGCCCAACAGUUGUUACUUAUAAGGCUACGAAAAAUGGCCCUGGAGCAAAAGGACUUCAAGAAAAAGUUCUUGAAAAAAUCACCUGGACGUGUGCGUCUGGUGAAGGCAGUGGAUCCCGUCAGCCGUGGGAUUGGUUCUACGCAGCAUGUCCUUUACACACUCAGCAAACGUCACGAGGACCACUUGAUCCCAUACAGUGUAGUGCAGCCGGUGCAAGUUCCGACUAAGCGGCCGGUCAUUUUCUCCCCCUCUCUUCUCUCUCGUGGCCUAAUAGAGAGGCUCCUGCAACCAGCAGAGUCUGGUUUGAAGUUCAACACCUGCCCACCAGAGCCUAUCCAGGCUUCAGAGAGACGAGACAAGAGAGUGUUCUUGUUGGAUUCCUGCAGUCCAGAGCAGGCUCUGGGCAUACGGCUGCAGUCAAUCCAGGAUGUCAUCAGCCAGGACAAGCACUGUCUGCUGGAGCUGGGGCUGCCCAGUGUCGAGGGCUUAUUAAGACAGGGGAUUUACCCUAUUGUCAUCCACAUCCACCCUAAGAAUAAAAAGCACAAGAAACUGAGGAAGUUUUUUCCACGUUGUGGAGAGGACACCAUAAUGGAGGAGGUGUGCCAGGCCGAGGAGCUGCAGCUGGAGACGCUGCCCCUGCUUUACUACACCCUGGAGCCCAGCACUUGGAGCUGCACUGAUGAGCUGCUGGCAGCCAUACGCAAUGCCAUCCAUAGUCAGCAGAGGGCGGCAGCAUGGGUCGAACUGGACAGGCUUUCCUGAGUUGUUUUUUUUUUUCUACGCUUCACAUUUCGCCUCUCGCUGAUGUCAUUUCUUAUUCAAUUCAGCCUCGGAAGCCUCGAAGAACUAGCUCGCUAGGCUAGCUACCUUGCUAGC